GAACAAAAAAGGGCAAUCAAAAGGAAAAGCAGAUACAAUGGUGGCAUAAGGCAAGUCUUGUUAUUGCAGCAAAGAGAAAGUUUGGCAGUGAAGAGUAAGAGCAAGUAAAGCAAAUACAAUGGAGUGUUGGGGGUUUUAUCUCUUCUCCUUCCCACUUGAUGCAAAAGGCAAUUGUUUCUUACAAUCUUCACCAUAGAACACAUACAACUGCCCGAUUAUGAACUUCGAUUCAUUCCUAAGCUUUGUUUUUGCCGAAUGACAAAUGCAGAUUGAGAUAUGGCUUUAUCAUCCUACGCCAUGCCUACAAUUCCUUCCUCCUUUUGCUUUCUUUGCUUGUUUCAUUUCAACAAAUCCAACAAUGGGUUUCACCAAGACACCAAGAUUUACAAGGGUUUUGCUGGAAUGACAGCCCCUUCCAGCUCCGGCGGAAUGCGGGGCGGAAAUGGGCUUUUAAUUGGUUCGCUUUCGAGUCAGGCGGCUGAUUUUCUUAUCACUCCCCAUAGUUCUUUGAAUUGGAGAUUGAAUGCUCUCGGCAUUGACUCGACUACCAGCUCCCAAACUCGUACCCCCACCAUUCACGACAAAGGACCCAAUGGCACCGCCGCCACACUUGAAAUCCACGUUACUUGUUACCAGGAUCUUUUAAUGGAUGUGAGAGAUAAACUUCUAUUUGAACCACAUUAUGCUGGUAACAUGAAGGAAAACAUCCCACCUAAGUCUUCCAUUCGAAUUCCUUGGGCUUGGUUGCCAGGUGCUCUUUGCCUUCUUCAAGAGGUUGGAGAAGCCAAAAUGGUGCUUGACAUUGGACAGACAGUUGUCCAAUGUCCAAUGGCUAAGCCUUAUAUGCAUGACAUACUGCUCUCCAUGGUAUUAGCAGAGUGUGCAAUUGCAAAACUCGGUUUUGAGAAGAACAUGGUGUCUCAAGGAUUUGAAGCUCUUGCACGUGCUCAAUAUCUACUAAGAAGUCAAACAUCUCUUGGGAAACUAAAAUUGUUAUCUCAGAUUGAAGAAUCUUUGGAGGAACUUGCACCUGCUUGCACAUUGGAGUUGUUGGCUCUGCCUAACUUACCCAUGAAUGCUGAACGGAGAGCAGGAGCAAUUGCAGCACUACGUGAAUUGCUAAGACAAGGUCUUGACGUGGAAACAUCAUGCCAGGUUCAGGAUUGGCCAUGCUUCUUAAGCCAAGCUCUUGGUAGGUUAAUGGCUGCAGAAGUGGUUGAUCUUCUUCCAUGGGAUGAAUUAGCUCUUAUAAGAAAGAAUAAAAAAUCAAUCGAGUCACAGAAUCAAAGGGUCGUGGUUGAUUUUGAUUGCUUCUUUAUGGCUUUUAAAGCUCAUCUUGCCCUUGGGUUUUCAAGCAGGCAGACAGAGUUGAUUGAAAAAGCAAAAACUAUAUGUGAAUGUCUGAUAGCAUCAGAGGGUGUUGAUCUGAAACUUGAGGAGGCUUUUUGCGAUUUUCUUCUUGGUCAGUGCAGUGAUUCUGAGGUUUUUGAAAAGCUUCAACAGUCUAUUUUAAAUUCAAAACCAGCUAUGCCUACCCGAUCGUCAAAUUUAGCAAUGGAGAAAAAGCAUGCAGAGAACACAUACCAAUUGUUGGAAAUAUGGUUGAAGGAUACUGUACUUGGUGUCUUUAAAGAUACGAGGGAUUGCUCCCUGACACUGGUUAGUUUUCUCCGCGGUGAGAAGAAAAUGGAUGCAAAGAAGAAAAUUAACCAUUCUCAGCAGCAGAUUAUAGUUCCCACAAAUAACAGGCCCAUAUCCACUUCCUCUCUGUCAGAGUGGAGGGAUGUUGAGAACUCCUUCCUUAAUUCGAAUUCUUCCCAAAAUCUUGGGAAUAUCAUUAGACGUUUAACUCCUACUAACUUGCCAAGUCAAUUAGGAACGGGAAAAAAAAAGACUGAUGCCAACUCAUCAUCAGUUCAAUUGAAAAGGGACCUUCGCAUAAAGAGAUGGAAAAUUUCAGAAUUGUGGUUCGCCAGGGGCAGUCUUGUCGAUAAAAUGAAAGUUCUUGUCAUAAUUGGGUGUAUUAGUUUUGCUUCCUUCAAUCUAAUGAGCACGAUGAUAAAGAUGAAACCUUUUCCUACAUGGACCCCGCAUAAAGCAAGCCUGAAUACCAGCUCUGUUUUCAGCGAUGAGGGUCUGUCUCUAGAUAAUGUUAUAGUGCCUCCAAAUACGAAGAGCAAAGCAAAUCUUAGUAGUAGUCUUAAAAGGCUUUUGUCAAAGUUAAUGAGGAAGGGUAGGAACUUAGCAGGCACAAGUGAUAUGCUACUGUCAUCUGCAAUUACAGCUUCAAAUCAGAAGCUGAUGUUGGUUGAGGAAGCUGAAGCCCUUGUGAAGCAAUGGCAAACGAUUAAAGCUGAAGCUUUGGGACCUAACUAUCAAAUUUACAGGCUUGCUAAAAUUCUUGAUGGAACAAUGCUUUCCCAGUGGCAAGCUCUAGCUGAUGCCGCAAAAGCUAAAUCAUGCUAUUGGAGAUUUGUUUUGCUGCAAUUGUCUGUCCUACGAGCUGAACUUUUGUCAGAUAAGUUUGGAGCAAUGACAUUAGAAAUUGAGGUUCAUUUAGAGGAAGCAGCUGAGCUCGUCAAUGAAGCUGAACCAAAGAACCCAAGCUAUUAUAGCAAUUAUAAAGUUCGUUAUUUGGUGAAGAGGCAACAGGAUGGUUCUUGGAAGUUCUAUGAAGGUGAUAUACUAGUACCAACUUAGUAUAGACAUUCUUUUUUAAGACACAGAAUUUUUGCUCAUUUGGUCUCUGGAAAAAAGAAAAAGAAAAAGAUGUAAUGUUCUACACGGAUAACUCUGCACUAACACCAUGCCCAAGGGUUUGUAAUAUUUUAUGGAUCUAUGCCUCUGAAGUGUCUGCUUGUAAAGUAUUUGAUUCUUUGGUCGUUAAUAACAUUCAAGUUUAUGUUUAGUAUA